AUGGGCCGGCGCGCGGCCCGGCACGGCGUGCGCUGCGGCCGGGUCGGAUCUGAGACGAGACGAGUCCCCCCUCCCCCAACCGGAACUUGUUACCAUCUCAUCCCACUCCACCCACCCGCCGCCUCCACCGGAUCUCGUCGGACUCGGAUCCGCCCGACCACCCCGCGCCGCCGCAGCAGCAGCAGCAGCAGAUCAGAGAAGAUGGCCGCAGUUGACACCUUCCUCUUCACCUCGGAGUCUGUGAACGAGGGACACCCUGACAAGCUCUGCGACCAGGUCUCAGAUGCCGUUCUUGACGCUUGCCUUGCUGAGGACCCUGACAGCAAGGUUGCUUGCGAGACCUGCACCAAGACCAACAUGGUCAUGGUCUUUGGUGAGAUCACCACCAAGGCCAAUGUCGACUACGAGAAGAUUGUCAGGGAGACCUGCCGCAACAUUGGUUUCGUGUCAGCCGAUGUUGGGCUUGACGCUGACCACUGCAAGGUGCUCGUGAACAUUGAGCAACAGUCUCCUGAUAUUGCUCAGGGUGUGCAUGGCCACUUCACCAAGCGCCCCGAGGAGAUUGGAGCUGGUGACCAGGGACACAUGUUUGGGUAUGCGACUGAUGAGACCCCUGAGCUGAUGCCUCUCAGCCAUGUCCUUGCCACCAAGCUUGGUGCUCGCCUCACUGAGGUCCGCAAGAAUGGAACCUGCCCCUGGCUCAGGCCUGAUGGGAAGACCCAGGUGACAGUUGAGUACCGCAAUGAGGGUGGUGCCAUGGUCCCCAUUCGGGUCCACACUGUCCUCAUCUCUACCCAGCAUGACGAGACAGUCACCAAUGAUGAGAUUGCUGCUGACCUGAAGGAGCAUGUCAUCAAGCCUGUCAUCCCUGAGCAGUACCUUGACGAGAAGACCAUCUUCCACCUUAACCCAUCUGGUCGCUUUGUCAUUGGUGGACCUCACGGUGAUGCUGGUCUUACUGGCCGGAAGAUCAUCAUUGACACCUAUGGUGGCUGGGGAGCCCACGGUGGUGGUGCUUUCUCUGGCAAGGACCCAACCAAGGUCGACCGCAGUGGAGCCUACGUCGCAAGGCAGGCUGCCAAGAGCAUUGUCGCCAACGGCCUUGCUCGCCGUGCCAUCGUCCAGGUCUCCUACGCCAUUGGUGUGCCCGAGCCUCUCUCCGUGUUUGUUGACACGUACGGCACCGGCACGAUCCCUGACAAGGAGAUCCUCAAGAUUGUGAAGGAGAACUUUGACUUCAGGCCUGGCAUGAUCAUCAUCAACCUCGACCUCAAGAAAGGUGGCAACGGGCGCUACCUCAAGACGGCGGCCUACGGCCACUUUGGAAGGGACGACCCUGACUUCACCUGGGAGGUGGUGAAGCCCCUCAAGGCGGAGAAGCCUUCUGCCUAA